AUGGCGUCCAACAACACAGCAAGCAUUGCCCAGGCCAGGAAACUGGUAGAGCAGCUGAAGAUGGAGGCCAACAUCGACAGGAUAAAGGUGAGGGGGAAUAAGGUCUAUAUCACCAGCCAAGAAGAUAAAAGACCUAACAGAUAUAUGAGAAAUCUUUAGCAUCACUGCCCAAAAGGAUGUAACGGAUUAGGAACAUCUGCUCUUUCCAUGACAUAGACUGACCAGGUGAAUCCAGGUGAAAGCUAUGGUCCCCUAUUGAUGUCACUUGUUAAAUCCACUUCAAUCAGUGUAGAUGAAGGGGAGGAGACAGGUUAAAGAAGGAUUUUUAAGCCUUGAGACAAUUGAGACAUGGAUUGUGUAAUGUGUGCCAAUCAGAGGGUGAAUGGGCAAGACAAAAGUUUUAAGUGCCUUUGAACGGGGUAUGGUAGUAGGUGCCAGGCACCCCGGUUUGAGUGUGUCAAAAACUGCAACGCUGCUGGGCUUUUUACGCUCAACAGUUUCCCGUGUGUAUCAAGAAUGGUCCACCACCCAAAGGACAUCCAGCCAACUUGACACAACUGUGGGAAGCAUUGGAGUCAACAUGGGCCGGCAUCCCUGUGAAACGCUUUCGACACCUUGUAGAGUUCAUGUCCCAAUGAAUUGAGACUGUUCGGUAGAAUCACUGCCUAAAAGGAUACAACCGAAAUAUGAGAAAUCGCUAGCAUCACUGCCUAAAAGGAUAUAGGAACUAAGGGAUAUACAGAAGGAGAUAUCGGUUGCAGCACAGAAUACAGCGGUAAUAACAUGGUGAUAGCAUGGUAACAACAUGGUGAUAGCAUGGUAAUAACAUGGUGAUAGCAUGGUAAUAACAUGGUGAUAGCAUGGUAAUAACAUGGUGAUAGCAUGGUAAUAACAUGGUAAUAACAUGGUGAUAGCAUGGUAAUAACAUGGUGAUAGCAUGGUAAUAACAUGGUAAUAACAUGGUGAUAGCAUGGUAAUAACAUGGUAAUAACAUGGUGAUAGCAUGGUAAUAACAUGGUGAUAGCAUGGUAACAACAUGGUGAUAGCAUGGUAACAACAUGGUGAUAGCAUGGUAACAACGUGGUGAUAGCAUGGUAAUAACAUGGUAAUAACAUGGUAAUAACAUGGUAAUAACAUGGUGAUAGCAUGGUAAUAACAUGGUGAUAGCAUGGUAAUAACAUGGUGAUAGCAUGGUAAUAACAUGGUAAUAACAUGGUGAUAGCAUGGUAAUAACAUGGUGAUAGCAUGGUAAUAACAUGGUGAUAGCAUGGUAAUAACAUGGUAAUAACAUGGUGAUAGCAUGGUAAUAACAUGGUGAUAACAUGGUAAUAACAUGGUGAUAGCAUGGCGAUAGCAUGGUAACAGGUUAAAGUUACCAUGCUAUUACCACUUUAUUCUGCACUGGAAUGUAAAAGUACUGACAAAUCUAUUGUGUGGAAUCGUAGUCAAACUGUUUGUGUGUGUGUGUGUGUGUGUGUCUUUCAAUACAGGUGUCCAAAGCAGCAGCAGACUUAAUGUCGUACUGCGAAGCCCAUGCCAAAGAGGACCCGCUCCUGUCACCGGUGCCUGCAUCCGAAAACCCUUUUAGGGAGAAGAAGUUCUUCUGUGCCAUCCUGUAA